UCCAAUCCGAGAUCCGAUUAGUUAUCAUAAACACCCAUGAUUUCAUCUUGCACAUGAUAUAAAAAACUUCUUACAUCAUGAUCUUGCACAGUCGCGUGUCGCGUCAGUCGCUCGUGGUCCAUCGUGGUCAGCUUUCCUUAAUCGAUUAGGAAUUACGUUUGGUGUUUUUAACAAGUAUUUUUAAAAUGAUAGCAAUAAAAAAUUGGACGCAGGAGUAUUUUCUCGCAAACCAAUCGGAGUGCAUGCAAAUUUUGGAAGAUUCGGCUAUAGCCGAAGUCCCUUUGUUAACCAAUCUUUGUGAAAUUGAUGAUAAUGCCCUGGUCAGAUUCCGGGGUAUGAUACAAGAUAUACUCUAUCCUGAAUCUUAUUUAAAACAAUACAAAUUGAAAAAUAAAAACACGAUAUCCGUACUAUUUGUGGGAUGUACAGAGACGUGAUUCUGAUGCCGCAUGAAGAGCCUAUAUACUCUGACAGUGAUGAAUAUUCAGAAAAAGAAGUUUACUUCGUAACUUCUAUACCUGGCCUAAAUGAUUGGGCGAAGGAAGGGAACUUAUUUGAAGAUCACAAUUUUCCCAUCCCAAUCGAUAGAGAGUCAUGUAUAGUAAAGAUUUACAAUAAAAUUGAUUUAAAACCAAAUCAAAUUAUCGAUGUCAUAGGAUUUAUAUUCUUAAAUCCAAUUAAUUUAAGUUCAACUAACGAUACUGAAAUAUCUACUCAUAAUCCUCCUUUGGUACCUCGGUUGCACACAGUAAAAAUAAUCGACCUAACAAAACCUACCAUUACAAAUGCUUCCAUUAUAAUAUCAAAAGCACAAAACAUUAGGAGUGAUUUACAUAUAAUAUUCACUGAGUUGUUAUUUGGAGAUACAUUAGUUGCAGAUUAUUUAAUAUGUUACUUGCUGUCCUCGAUAUACGGGAGGACAUCUGAUGGUUUAUCUCUUGGGCGAUUUUCAAUUAAUGUAUCAAAUCUACCAGAAAGUAAAUUAAAUAUUUUUCUAAAAGAAUUCUAUAAUAUAAUUAGAUUAUUAGUAAGGAAGAGUCACUUCCUGGAAGUGACUGCAAACAAUUUGAAUAGAGCACCUUUAGUGCCAAAAUUAGAUUACGAACACAAUAGACUGACGAAUGGUGAGCUUCAAUUGAAUAAUAAUACAUAUCUUAUUAUAAAUGAGCCGAGCUUAGACAUUAAUACACUUACCACGACCGGCGCUGAAAAUUACAAAUGUUUAUGUAAUUUGAUCUUACAUCAAGAAAUAGCAUACAACUGCACGUAUCAUCCCGUGAAGCUCAAAACUGACAUACCAGUUUUGAUCUUUUCUGAUAUAAAAUCACGUAUUUCUGCAAGUAUUUAUUUGUAGCGUAAGAUAUGUUACACUUUUUCUACAACUAUUAAUAAAUGAAAUUGUUUAUUUAUAGAAUUGUGCUCAUAUUGCUUUACAUUUUGUCGAUGUGGACAUAGAAAACAUUUAUGAUAAUACAAUUGAAGCGGUAAAUCACUUUUUGGAAACUAAAGAUCGAUUGAAACAUUUUCGUGAAACUAGUUUGAUAUCUUUUCUAUACAUUAUAAUUUCUUGGAAUGCAAAGCAAUAUCUGGAAAUUAGUGAGUGGCGCAUUAUCGUCAAUUGGCGUAUUUGGCAUCACAAAAGCUUCCAUUUCGAGUUUACCAUCAUUGGUUUCGCCGACGAUGACCUUAUAAAAAUGUGUAGGCACUGCCACAUGAUUCGCGCUGAUCACUUCAUAACGCAUAUAUUUCUUUCCAUCCGCCUCUCUC